UUCCCCUGCGGGCGUGGCUGAAAUCGUCCAACCGCGGGCUUUUCACUCGACUCCUCUCCUCUCUACCCCCUGUAACCUCCAUUUUUCUUUGCUUGUCAAGUUUGGUGCAAUUAAAACCAACAUAAACCUUGAAACCAAGCGGAAGCGGAUCGGCUGUCGGGAUCAGAGUCGACUCUUUAGAUCAAGCAUGGUGAUUUCAGGCUCAAGUUUUGACUAUGGCAAACUACUCCAGGAAGCUCAGAUCCGAUGGCUGAAGCCUUCGGAAGUUUAUUUUAUAUUAAAAAACCAUGAGAGAUACCCAAUUGAACCAGAAACUCCUGAAAAACCACCAAGUGGCUCUUUGUUUCUUUUCAACCGUAGGAUUCAUAGAUUUUUCAGGAAAGACGGUCAUAUGUGGAGGAAAAAGAAGAAUGGCAGAGCAGUUGGUGAAGCCCAUGAGCGACUUAAGGUUGGGAAUAUUGAUGCUCUCAAUUGUUACUAUGCUCAUGGGGAGCUAAAUCCUUCUUUUCAGAGGCGGAGCUAUUGGAUGCUGGAUCGAUCCUGUGAUCACAUUGUUCUUGUUCAUUACAGAGAAGUGUCCGAGGGAAGUUCUCUGCCUCCACUCUCGCAGCAAGCAAAAGAACAAUUACCUUCCCUAAGUGUGAGUUUCAAUGUCAAUAACAGUCAGUUUCAAGGGCUACAUUCGGGUUUUGGUGAAGCAUAUGAUUCUUAUCAAUGCUCUGAAAGUUCACUUUCGGGAGAAGUUAAUUCUAAAUAUUUUGGAAAAAAAUUGGACGCGAACUGCUUGAAUAUGAUCAAUAUAUCUGAAAAUUCUGAUCUAUCGUUACAGUCAGAGGUCGAUCAUGCAUUACUUAAGCUUGCUGAGCAGUUGAGCUUGGACAAAUGUGAUAAUAAAUUUGAAGAUUUGUUGCCUGCCAAUACCAACGAGUAUGAGAAACAUGAAAAUCUAGCAUUCCUGGAUAAUGAAAAUGGGAGUUCCUUUCACGAGUUUCAAGAAAGCUUAAUUCCAGAAAGGGAGUGCUCAGCGUGUGAUCAAGGUGUUUAUGGAAAUCAGAACAGCCAAUCGUUGGGUUUUCAUUGUAGAAUUUCCAGAAAAAUCUCUCCUUCAUGGAAUGAUAUGUUGGAACUUAGUUCCAGUUCUACAGUAAUAAAUGCUGAUGUAAGAGCUUCAGAUUUAAUGGCUGUUUCUUCAGUGCCGGAGCCUUCCUUGUAUUCAUGUAAUGCAACUAUAACUGAUCAUUGUGGUGGGAGUGAACUGAAGCAUAAAAGCAAUUUUCAGCAAUUUUCUUCGGAAGAGGAGGGCAUAUUUGGUGUUCCAAUUGAUUGGUUGGAACAGUGUAGUUUGCGGCAGCCAAACCAUUCAGAGAAAAAUGAAGAAAGUGUGCUGUGUUCUGCUGCAGGCACAAUCAAUGCUGAAUCCAACUCUGAAGUGGUGACUACUCGAAAGGAAAGCCACAUCGAGUGGACGGGUAGUCUAGAAUUACGUCUUGAAGAAAAUGCAUAUUCUUCUGAUUUGCUCGGGAUGUGGUUUGAUCAAGGUCAACAUGGAACGUCGUUCGCAACAGAACCAAGUUUGACUGUGGCUCAGAAGCAACUAUUCAGGAUUAAUGAAAUCUCACCUGAAUGGUCCUUUUCCUUCGAGAAAACCAAGGUUCUUCUCGUAGGAAACUUUCUUUGCAAUCCUUCAUCUUAUGCUUGGGCAGUCAUGUUUGGUGACGUUGAAGUCCCUGCAGAAAUUGUGCAACAGGGAGUCCUACGUUGUGAGGCUCCUGAACACACUUCAGGAAGGGUCACUCUAUGUAUAACAUCUAAAAAUAGGCAGCCUUGCAGUGAAGUACGGCAGUUUGAGUUUCGCACCAACCCUGCUACUAAUUCAAUGAAAACUUUGCAACAUGUGAAUUCAAUCGAGAAUUCAGAAGAGCUUUUAUUGCUGAUAAAACUUCUCCGUGUUCUUUUAUGUCAACAUCAUGAUUCUUCAGUUUCUAAAGGAGACGGCCAAACAGAAGCUGAGUACCACAGAAAGUUCAAAGCAGCGGAGGAAAAAUGGCUUCAAAUUAUUGAUCAGCUACAAGCUGGUUGUGAGAUUUCAUCAGGCACAAUGGAUUGGGUCCUUCUGGAACUAAUAAAGGAUAAGUUCCAGCAGUGGCAAUUGUUCAAACUCAGUUCUAAAGAAGAUGGAAAUGUUCCGCUGUCCAAAGAGGAGCAAGAAAUUAUUCACCUGAUUUCUGGUUUGGGGUAUGAGUGGGCUUUAAAUUUGUUACUCGAUAUUGGUGUUGGUGUUAAUUUUCGAGAUUUGAAAGGAUGGACUGCGCUUCAUUGGGCUGCACGCUUUGGAAGGUAUUGA